UUUCGUUUAUUGUUCUUGAGGUUUCGAUCGCCGGCGAAGGGUUUUGAUCUCCGGCAUGGCGCUGGUGGUGAUCUGCGGGCAGCCGUGCAGUGGUAAGUCGACGGCGGCGAGGUGCCUAUCGGAGGCUCUCCUUGCCAUGGAACCCAAGCCGAUGGUUAGAAUCAUCGACGAGACCUCCCUCCACCUCGGCCGCAACCAAAGCUACGCCGAUAUGACUGUGGAGAAGAAUUUGAGGGGUGUUCUAAGAUCCGAAGUUGACAGAUCAUUGUCUAAAGACUGUAUUAUAAUUGUUGACUCCUUGAACAAUAUUAAGGGUUAUAGAUAUGAACUAUGGUGUCUAGCUCGAGCUGCUGGGAUAAGAUAUUGUGUGCUUUUUUGUGACACAGAAGAAGAUUUUUGUAGGGAAUGGAACAAGAAUCGUGCGGAUGAAGGAGAAUCCUCGUAUGAUGCCAUUAUAUUUGAUGAUCUAAUUAGAAGAUUUGAGAAGCCAGAUAAACGAAACCGUUGGGACUCCCCACUUUUUGAAUUAUUUCCUUCUAAAGAUGGCGUAAAGCAAACAUCAGAGGUCAUUUCUGAGGCAGUUUCUUACUUGACCAGGAAGGUGGAUUCGAAAACAAGAGAUAUUAGAGUUCUCCAGCCAACUAUUGCCACACAAACUGCACAUGCAACCGAGGCAAAUUCGCUGUAUGUGAUGGACAAGGCAACACAGGAGGUGGUUAAUGCAAUUGUGGAAGCACAAUCAAGGGGACUUGGGGGAUCAGUGGGUAGGAUUUCACUUGGUCAACAGUUACCAACCAUUAAUAUUCAAAGAGUAGUCGGACUGCCGGAGCUCCGCAACCUAAGGCGGACAUUCAUAAAGUUAACAGGGCAAUCAAGCUUGAGCGGGCCUCCGCCACCUUCCGAUGCAGAUAGUGUGAAGAGAAUGUUUGUCGACUACUUGAACCGGGAAAUAGGAACUUCCUGAGCUUGUGAUUUCUAGUCGAUGACCGGAUAAAUCUCAUCAAUUUUUUGCAUCUGAGUAAACAACAAUGCACACUAUGCAUCGAAUGUUGAUCGUCUUCAUUGAGUGAGGAAGGCUGCGCAUAUGCAAGAUGUAUCAUAGAUGAUAGAAACAUAUGUUCUGUUUAUCUGCCUGUGUUUUCAAGCAUGAUGGCCUCCAUAAUUACCAAGAUAGAUUGGCUUUGGAGCAGUUAAUGGUUAUAUAUUUUUUACUUUA